GGAAGCACAACCUCACGGGCAAGGCUCAUGCAAGUUGAGAGUAGUGGCCAGUGCAGAAUGUGUGCGUCCGGGACGCACACCCUCACGAGUAAGGCUCAUUCCAGAAUGUGUGCGUCCGGGAAGCACACCCCCAUGAGCAAGGCUCAGAUAACGCAGAUGUUACGCCAUAGCUGCAAGAAGAGCCUUGUGCUCGCGCAGGCAAUCUUGCGACUCCGUGCACUGGCUAUGUCAAAGGCAGGCGGUCAUGGUGAACGCGUUGCAAGACAGAGGAGAGACACGAGCGAGCGGGCAACUAAGAGGGGGAUGAACGAUGAGCGCGAUGAGCGUGAGGAGCGUGAGGAGGCUGUCGAGAUGACCGAAGGGGGCGGCGGGAUCGCCUUCACAUCAAAGAGCGCUGAACGAGGGCGAAGAGGUCCUCAUUCGAGAGGCAGUUCACGACGGUUAGAGGAAGCUGCACGAGAUCUCUGUCCCAACGACAUCCCUAAACUCGGGGCGCUUGAGGCCGAGCCCAACGUCUAUGCUCUUGUCUGGGUCAGGCGCAAGCUUGACGGUCUGCGCAAUGACAUCUUCGUCAGUCUGGAGGAGGGGAUUGCCAUCUGGUGCGAUAGUAAGAUUCUCCGUCAGUCCAAAUCGAGUGUCGGGUUUGUUGACGGGACUCUGGGGAAGUUGCUGUGUGGACCAUGGGGUGUCAGUGUUAACGUUAAGGAUGAGAGACAGCGGGCGGGGCACAACCCUCUCAGCCCGCCGCCCGACCUGACAUCACGCAUUCUCACACUCCAACGCAUCCGUCACGUAGAACGCGCCCUCUCCUCGGCAAUAAGACUGUGA